AGUGUAUAGUGACGACUAAACCCAUCUAUCCUUUUCUACCUUUCUCUCUCUACAAUUCGCUCCUCAACUCAUUUUUCUGCUUUGGAAUAUCUCUCAAGAGUCAUGUCGGAGAAGGGUCGUCCAUUGCCAAAGUUCGGUGAGUGGGAUGUUAAUGAUCCUACUUCUGCUGAGGGAUUCACUGUAAUAUUUAACAAGGCCCGUGAUGAGAAAAAGACAGGUGGGAAACCAGAUUCUCCUUCAAAGGUGGACACGAAUACAAAUUAUGGAGGAGCAGAGCCUAUAAAACCUCAGGGUAAAAAAUGGUUUUGCUGCAUGCAGAGCCCGAGUGCAACAUCUUGACCAUGUCUAUGUGUAGACGAAACAUGUAGAGUGCAUAUUCUAUAAAGAACGCAGAAGAAUGGGAGGUGCAGGUGACAUUAGGCACUCACAUUCCAUUUUGUGUGUUGUAAAACUGUGUCCGUGUUCGUGUUGUGCCCGAUCAUUUUCGAAACUUUCUUAAACCCUAUACUGCUGCUAUAUGUUUGUUGUGGAUCAUCUUCAUCAUAUGAUUAUUGUUUUAACUA